CGCCGAUCUCUCCCGCCGCCGCCUCUUCCUCCGGGAGCGGCCGAGAUGAGCAGCCCCCGAGGGCGCGGGGAGCAGACGGAGGGCGCAGCGGCGGCUGGCGCUAGCAUGGGAGAGCCCGCAGGAGACAUUGGGGAUGACUCGGCCCCUUUAUCCUGCCCUUCCUGCCAUACCGCCUUCAAGGACCCCACCGAGUUAUCCGCUCACACGGGCACCUGCUUCUCAGAGGGAGCCCCCGGUUCGGCCGGUCCCGCAACAGCUCCGGCCCCGGGUCAGGAGCACUCCAGCCUCUGCUCCUCGUCCUCCUCUUCCGUAGAGGUCCACCCCGAAAGUUCUCCAACCAUGGACGUGGAGCCUGGGCCCUUGUUGGCAGACCCCAGCCAAGAGUCCGCCCCCUCCCGGCCGCCACCGCCCCCCCCUGCCCUGCCCCCCCCCACCGCUCUCCCCACAGGGCACCUCAACAUCCCCCUCAUCCUGGAAGAGCUCCGCGUCCUGCAGCAACGCCAGCUCCACCAGAUGCAGAUGACGGAGCAGAUCUGCCGCCAGGUGCUGCUUUUGAGCUCUUGGGGGCAGGUGGGUUCUCCAGCGCCCCCUGCAGAGCCCGCCCCGGUGGCGUCUCUCCCGCCCAAGCCCCCCCUGCCCGUCUUCUCCAUCAAGACUGAGCCCGGGAGGAGCCAGGUGUCCAGCUCCCCAGAGGUGCCCAAGCCGGCUUUCUUCCACCUCUACCACCCGUUCCCCAGUGGCACCAGAGUGCCCAAGGCCGAGCAGCUUCUGGCCCCGGCUUUCCCUGCGGCCACGGGCGUCUUGGCAGCCCAGUGCUUGGGGGCCGCCCGGGGCCUGGAGCAGGCCACGUCUCCAGGGCUCUUGCGGCAGAAGAACGGAGGCGGCAGCGGAGAAAGCAGCUUGGAAGGUGAGAAGCCGAGUGGCCGCCACAAAUGCCGCUUCUGCGGGAAGGUCUUUGGCAGCGACAGUGCCCUCCAGAUCCACCUGCGCUCCCACACGGGGGAGCGGCCCUACAAGUGUAAUAUCUGCGGGAACCGUUUCACCACCCGGGGCAACCUCAAGGUCCACUUUCAUCGCCACCGGGAGAAGUACCCCCACGUCCAGAUGAACCCUCACCCCGUCCCGGAGCACCUGGACUAUGUCCUGACCGCUUCCGGGCUCCCUUAUGGCAUGUCCGUCCCACCCGAGAAAGCCGAGCCCGGGGAGGACACCGCCGCCCCCCCUGCGGCCGAGCGCAAGGCCCUGAGCGCCACGGAGAGCCUUGCCCUGCUCUCCGGCGCAGCCCCUGCGGGCUCAGCCCAAGCCUUGCCCAACUUCAACAAGCUGGUCCUGAUGAAGGCAGUGGAGGCCAAGGGGAAGGGGGAUGAGAACACCCCGCCCGAGGCGGAGGGGGCCCGGCUGCAGCUGGGGAAGCUCGUGGGGGCCUUGCCCAGCUGGGCCCUCUUGGCCAAUCACUUCAAGGCCGGCCCAGCCGUGGGGCCGUUCCCCUACGUCCUGGAGGCUUCCCCCUCGGAGACCUCCAAGCUCCAGCAGCUGGUGGAGAAGAUCGACCGCCAAGGGUCCCCGUCAGCCUCGGGCGCGGCCCCCGUCGCCCCGUCCGCAGCCGGCUGCUCAGCGUCGUCCUCUCCGCCAGCUUCUUCAGGGCACAACCAGUGCGUCAUCUGCUUGCGGGUCCUCAGCUGCCCCCGGGCCCUGCAGCUUCAUUACGGGCAGCACGGAGGCGAGCGCCCCUUCAAGUGCAAAGUGUGCGGGCGAGCUUUCUCCACCCGGGGGAACCUGAGGGCUCACUUCGUGGGCCACAAAGCCAGCCCGUCGGCCCGGGCACAGAACUCUUGCCCCAUCUGCCAGAAAAAGUUCACUAACGCCGUGAGCCUCCAGCAGCACGUCCGCAUGCACCUGGGCGGGCAGAUCCCCAACGGGGCGCUCCUGCCUGAGCACUCGGCCCCGGAGGGAGCCCCCCUGGGAGAAGGGGAGAAGCCGCGGGAGCAGCAAGCUGCCCCCCAGGAGGAGGAGUUGUCGGAGGAGGAGGAGGAAGAGGAGCCCACUGACGAAGACUCCGUGGAAAGUGGCGGAGAAAAGGCCGAGCAGCUCUCCAGCCCUGAGGGCCUGGUUCCUCCCAAGGAAGGGGAGGAGAUGGGGCAGGCGAAAGGGGAAGAGGGGGGACCCAGAGCCCCAUCCCCCUCAGGGCCCCGGAGCCCUCCCUGCCCCCUGAAGGAAGGGGAAGAGAAGGCCGAGAUGGAAGAAGGGGGUGGGGGGGCUGCCCCAGCGGAAGAAGAACCAGAGAAGGACCAAGGAGCUGGUGGAGAAGGGCCAUCAGAGAAGCAGCAGCACCAGCAUCAGGGCAGCCAAGCCAAAGAGGAACCAGCGCUGAUCUGUGGGAUCUGCAAACAGCCCUUCGCUGACAGGGCGGCACUGCGCAAACAUGCGCUGACUGCCCACCACCAGGUUCAUCUGGGCAGCCAUGUCUGGAGCAGUAGCCAGGCACGGCGGGGACGGCGCCUGCCUCUGGAAGGGCCCCUGCCAGUGCUCUCCGGGGGCCAAGUCAAGCUGCAGGACUUCCUGGGACGGGACAUCCCAGCCCAACUGGUGGGGGUUGGCCCCCUCUCCUUCUGGAACCAGUACUCCGCCUUCCUCUCCGGAGGCCUGCCGACCAAGCCUGCCCACAGCACAGCUGCUUCCGUUGUUUCAUCUUCCUCCCCCUCUUCCCCCAAUGUGACCCCGCAAAGCCUUUUUGGAUCGAGCAAUGUGCCUGGGAAGGUGGCUCCCACAGAGGCCAAGGAGAAGCCCCCGGUGGCCAACUUGCUGCUGCUUUCACCGCCGGCAGCUCCUGUUUUGGAAACGGUCCCCGAGAGCCAAGGGAAGGGGGAGAAGUAACCCAGCUUCUAUUGGGGAAAUUCAUUCAAGAGACACCACGUGUGCAGCAGCAAUUAAACCUUUUAUCUGAUGGUGCGAAAUAAAUGGCUCCAAUAUAAUUUUAGCAGCUUUUUAGUGUUUUACUUUUAACGUAGUUUGGAGGUCUGUUGGCCGAAAGGCAGGAUCCUGACCCGAGGCAGGGAAGGAUGGUCCCUGCCUUGUACCUUUGAUUUUAAAAAAGAGAAGAAGCUUCCCUCUCACGUAGAACAGGAUGCCAGAUGGCCCCAGCCCAGGAGUUUCUCCCACCAAUAAAGGAAGUUUGAAAGAA